CGUGACGCGUCAAGCGCGUGUCCACGAGACAUGCGCGAGCGCGACAAACGGAAGGAAAACGGCAGUAACAUGAUCUGAACCUCGAUAAAUAAGUGGAAUGAGUGAUCGGCUGUUUGAUUGACAGGAGUGAAGCGUCAUCAGAGAUGUGGUGGUUUCAGGAGGGCUUGUGUAUUCUGCCUGCAGCGCUGGUCACAUGGACCGCGGCGACCUUCAUCUUUGCUUACAUCACCGCUGUGAUAUUGCGACAUGUUGACCCGCUGGUGCCGUACAUCAGUGACACGGGGACAGUCGCUCCAGAGAGAUGCGUGUUUGGAAUCAUGUUGAACGUGUCGGCAUUCUUGGGUGUCGCUACGAUGUACGUGCGCUACAAGCAGCUGCAGGCGCUGACGGACGAGUACGACACUCGACUGAACCGGCUCAAUCGGUUGGGGCUCGUGCUGGGUUGCGGGAGUUCGCUCGGCAUGUGCGUUGUCGCAAACUUUCAGAAAACCACCCUGUUCUCGAUGCAUCUGGUCGGGGCGGUGUUGACGUUUGGAGUCGGCGCGCUGUAUAUUCUCGUCCAAACGCUGCUGUCGUACCUCAUGCAGCCUCACGUCCACAGUAAAACCAUGUUCUGGACUCGUCUGAGUGUGGGGAUCUGGACUUCAGCCAGUAUUAUCAGCAUGUUUGUGUCGUCUGUGAUCAUGUACAGCAGUUUACCUGGAGUAGAAGUCAACAAGAAACUACACUGGAUUCCUGGAGAACCUGGAUUCACGGCUCAUAUUGUCAGUACGAUAUCAGAAUGGUCUUUGGCUCUGUCCUUCAUCAGCUUCUUCUUCACUUACAUCAGAGACUUCAAGAAGAUCACUCUGCGAGCGGAGGUGUUGCUUCACUGUAAUCACCUGUACAAUUCUCCUCAUCACCGUCCUGUUACAGCACGCACACCUGCAGAGACGUCACCGCUGCUCGCCGGCAGCAUCUGAGGGCAGUAUGCUAACCGCUAGCGCACUGUCUCAUCGGUCUUACACGGUUUAUGCGGCUCAUGUAAACAUUCUUCACAUCUAUAUGAAUAUUAUCUUUUUAUUAACAAUAUAAAUGUGAUUGUAGAAAAAGUCCAUUUUGAUAAAGAUUAAGAUUUUGGGACAUUGUUUUCAUUACAAAUAAAAUCA